AUUCAUUCAGCCACAGACGACUACAUUCGGUAUUUCGUGCUCGGCUAUCGCGAUUGACUUGCUGCAACAUGCGCCAUAGCAAGCCAAGCUGACGACCUCUUGGAACUCCAGUCCAGACCGCCCGGCAAACUCGGCACUAGCAUAGCCGUCCGUUCGAAACAGUCCGCAUAAUGACACUAUCCUCAAGACCAGUUAGGCGAUGCUUACAGCUGUAAGUGGAGUUGAAGUGCAAGCCCCCAGCUUACGUAUCUCGCGCGCCGGUUAGCCGAGAUAUGGCAGCGAUCAUCGAACCUAGCGCAUCAUGGAGUGAGCCGUGAGAUCCGACAUGCUUUGACUCUGUAGAUAGUCAUUGGCUAUCAAUGACAUUUUCAAAGUUUCACUUUCAGCUACUCUCAUGUAGACACGCUUCAUUCCGUCUGCGGGGUCACCGCUCGCUUCCAACUUUAGAACAGUGCCUGGCUACAGUCCAAAGGGUUGCUGGACCCUUCAAAGUAUAAAGUGCUAGCUCUUCGUGCAUUACAAUCUUCUGAAUCAUCAACACACAUCUCAGUCUCUCAAUCAAAGCCAACAUUAAGCAUAAAGCUUCUCUACAACCUCUAUAACUCAAACACAACUUCGACAAUAUUCAUCAUGGGCUGGUUCAGUGACGACUCAAACCCCGCUCAAGCGUACGAGCAAGUAACUCAGCGUCCUCAUGAGGCAGAAUGGUCCCACGAGUUAAUAGGUGGCGCCGCAGCCUAUGAGGCCGCCAAGGCCUACGAGGAUCACGUCGCUCGAAAUGGACAGCCUGACAGCCACGCCAAGGCGAAGGAGAUUCUGGCCGGUUUUGUCGGUGCCUUUGUUGACCGUGAAGUUGAGACGCGGGGACUGGACUUUAUCGAUGCAGAAAAGGCCAAGCGUCAUGGCAGGGACCAUGUAGAAGAGCAGUUGACUGUCGACAGCUGGCAGUGAGACUAUGUUUAACUCACAAUCAAUGAUCUUUGUUAUUCUACUUUAUUCGUCUCAAUCAGUUGAAACUCUUGAGUAUCUUUCAUCAAGCAUAAGACCGGUACUAAGACAGCGUAGUGACCCAGCGUCAUAAUUGCAUAUUCAAGUCACUAGCUAUAUGACAUGGGACAUUUGCCUGCUAUCAUGAAGACACUUUUAUAAACGACUCAUUCUGUUUCU